AUGUUUCGAGCUGCCGCAGCUGGUCCCUUUGACGAGGGCGUCGCCAAGGCCACCGACGAGAACCUGACGUCCGAAGACUGGGGAGCCAUCAUCGAGGUCUGCGACCGCGUAGGCAGCGAUGCAAAUGGUCCCAAAGAGGUUGUACAGGCAAUGAUCAAGCGCCUCGCCCACCGCAAUGCCAAUGUCCAGCUCUAUACCCUCGAACUUGCGAAUGCCCUCAGCCAGAACUGUGGCAAGAACAUGCACCGCGAGCUCUCAAGCCGAGCCUUCACUGACGCCAUGUUGAAACUCGCAAACGACCGCAAUACCCAUACCCAGGUCAAGGCCAAAAUCCUCGAGCGCAUGAAGGAGUGGUCCGACAUGUUUAGCAAGGACCCCGAUCUCGGCAUCAUGUACGACGCCUACUUCCGCCUAAAGCAGAACAACCCGACUUUGCAGGCCCCCUCGGCGCCCCAGAAGACUGGUCUGACCGACCUCGAUCGCCAGAAGGAGGACGACGAGCUCCAGAUGGCCUUGAAGUUAUCGUUGCAAGAGGAGGAGAAGAAGAAGGCGCCUGCCGAGUCCAACGCCGGUCCAUCCUCUUCUGCCACCGCCGCUGGAUCCUCGACACACGCCGCUGCACAGCCUCAAGCUCACUCUACACCAGUACCUGCUGGCACGACAGCUGCCACCGUAUCAAGGGUGCGAGCAUUGUACGAUUUCGUUCCUUCCGAGCCGGGCGAACUCGAGUUCAAGAAAGGCGAUGUUAUUGCAGUCCUCGAGUCGGUUUACAAGGAUUGGUGGCGGGGCUCACUCAAGGGGAAGACAGGAAUUUUCCCCCUCAACUAUGUUGAGAAGCUCACGGAUCCCACUCCUGAUGAGUUGGCACGUGAGGCACAGAUGGAGGCCGAGGUGUUUGCAGAGAUCAAGAAUGUCGAGAAGCUGCUCACACUUUUGAGCACGUCCAAUACGGCGCCGAGGGAAGAGGAUAACGAGGAGAUAUCGAAGCUCUACCACCAAACGUUAGCCAUCAGGCCGAAGCUGAUCAAGCUUAUUGAGAAGUACUCCCAGAAGAAGGAUGACUUUACACAGCUGAAUGAAAAGUUCAUCAAGGCUCGUCGCGACUACGAGUCUCUUUUGGAAUCAUCCAUGUCGCAUCCUCCUCAGCCUAGUUACCACCAGUAUGCCAUGAGACCUGGCCCCGGCGGGUACCCAGGCGGACCGGGGGCGGGCUAUCCCCCUCAGGGUCCUCCUCAAGGCCCUCCCCAGGGCCCUCCCCACCAACAGCAGCAGCAGCAGCAGGAGCAGAGAUACUAUACUCCAGCACCCCAAGAACAACCCCAAUACCCUCAGUCUACGCCCUCGCCGAAUUUCCAGCGUCCGGCACAGGCAACGCCUGCUCCCUUUUACGUAGCCGGUGCAGAGGUCCCCUCAGCGCCGCAUCACAACCAACCGCAACAGUAUCCUCCGCGUGAUCAACGUAUUCCAUCCACAGGCAAGGCACAGGUGCCGCCGAUCAACACCUCGUCACCACCGCCGGCCAACACUUACUCCGCAUAUUCUGUGCCUCCCAACCAAGGAAGGCCACAGAGCACUUACGGUCCCCAGGAGCUGGCAACCUCUGUCUACGACUCGCCUAUUGCUACCCAUAACCCGAGCUCUGCUGCGACAUAUACAUCCUCCGUGUAUUCCCAAGACGAUUACAACAACGGUAGCCCCGUCGUAGGUAAUUCGACUGUUCCAGCACCUUCAUCCUUCCAACCAUCUGCACCACCAGUCGGGCAGCCCUCACAACCACCUCAACAACCACCGCAACAACACCAGCAGCCACAGUACCAGAGUUAUCAGCCACCAGGAGCUCAGGGGCAGGAUAACUACGUCAGUGCCCCUACUCAGGCACCGCCGCCUGUGCCAACUGGAGCAGCUCCGCCUAUCCCUGGUGCCGGUCGAUCUGAAGUGAUGACGCCACCGCCCCUGCAGCCUGGCGGUGCGGCCUACGAUGCUAGAAACAGCCUUCCAAGCCAGGGACCAUCACAGCCGCAGUACAGGGCGUAUGUUCCUCCCGGUGGUGGUGCUGAUGGACCGAGCGCACCGCCCGCUGCGGAUUACUAUCGGCAGAGUGGCGUCUACUAG